AGGGGACAGAAGUCGUCUUACGAAUUUCAAGUAAUCAAGACUUAUGACUUAUCCCUCAAGGGGCAAAGAUGUCAACCGGGGCUAUCGAGUUUUCCCACCUCAUCAAAAUUGAUAGUUCAGAUGAUGGCAGGAUUGUUCCAAUCUACUGGAUGGCCAUCAGUGGUGGCAGUUGUUGGGAAUUGGUUUGGGAAGAAGAAGAGAGGGCUUAUAAUGGGCAUUUGGAAUGCUCACACUUCUGUGGGUAACAUUACAGGGUCCUUGGUUGCUUCGGCUUUAUUAAAGUAUGGAUGGGGAUGGUCAACUGCUGUUCCUGGUCUGGGAAUUGCCUUCAUUGGCUUGAUGGUAUUCCUUUUCUUACCUGUUAGUCCGGAGUCUGUUGGGGCCAACAAUGAUGAAGAAGAUGAAGAAUGCUCUCCCAAAAAAGAUGGCGAGGAAAUAUCAGAACCUCUUCUCAGAUCAGAGAAGGAAGAGGUGGAGUCUGCAGUUGGGUUCAUCGAAGCAUGGAAAAUUCCUGGUGUUGCACCUUUUGCUCUUUGCCUAUUCUUCGCCAAGUUGGUGGCUUAUACGUUUCUGUAUUGGCUUCCUUUUUAUAUUAACCAUACAGCUAUAGAUGGAAGGUACUUGUCUGAUGAAGAAUCUGGAAACCUGUCGACAUUGUUUGAUGUUGGAGGGGUUGUUGGAGGAAUUCUAGCCGGUCAUAUUUCCGAUCAUUUAAAUGCUAGAGCUAUAACAGCUGCGAGCUUUAUGUACUGCGCUAUUCCUGCUCUGUUCUUUUACAGAAGUUAUGGAAACAUCUCGAUGACCAUGAAUAUCAUCCUCAUGUUGAUCACCGGCAUGUUUGUCAAUGGACCUUACGCUCUCAUCACAACUGCUGUAUCGGCUGACCUGGGAACACAUAGCUCAUUGAAAGGCAACGCCAGGGCUUUAGCAACUGUUACUGCAAUAAUAGAUGGCACUGGCUCAAUUGGAGCUGCCAUCGGUCCACUGCUAACAGGGUACAUUUCAGCUAAGAGCUGGAAUGCAGUUUUCACAAUGCUCAUGGCAGCUGCUCUAGUUGCGGGUUUGCUUCUUACUAGGCUUGUUGUGUCAGAGGUGGCUACCAAGAUUCAAGAGUCGAGGUCCUGUCCAGGGCCGCCUCCUGUUGAAGUGUGAUUGUUCUUGGGGAGGUAACGUAUUUAAUGGUGCUUGUGUAUAUUCUUGCUUUAGCUCUAAUCCUCGGAUGAUACACAUGAAGAGGUGAAGAAUCUUCUGGUGUUAAAAACCAAGACAGGAGAGGGUGUUUUAUGUCCUCCUUCCAGGUUGAAACAACUUACUAAUCGGUUCUCAGAAAUUUUGCAAACCAGGCGAAUAUGCGACAGUAUCUAAAUUGUGUGUGUCCUCGGAAGGUUCUCAAAAAUUGUCAAAAAUUGUUCUGAUGUCUGGGUGUGCCCUUUGAAAAGAACAGAUGGGUAUGAUGUUAGCAACUUGAGGCUGUGUAUCUUGAUACUUAUUUUUCAUGUAUAUAAGGCGUGGAUAGAAAGCAGAAAGCCUGCAAUGUAUGACUGCUCAGUGUAACAACAUAUCAGGUUACAUUCAGGCAUUUGUUGAUUUUGAUUGAACAUUUAUUGUCAGUGGCUCCUUAUCUGGGGUUAAAAACAUCUCUCCAAUGACGAAUGAAAUCUGCAUAUGUUUUUAGAUGGGUUAUUAAA